CCGGGUUGUGUCAGGAACACCAGCACACAAGCAUGACUUCCAGAUUAGCUGCGUGGCAGUGCGGACUAGUAUUCCUGGUGGCGUGCUUCCCGCGACAGGCCAGCUCGUUCCUCUUCUGCCCCACCGUACCAAGUGCCGCCUCUCGACCAGCCCGAACAUCGACCACCACUGCCGCCGCACCUGAGGGUGAUGCCUCGGCCCAGGAGGGCACCACGGCCACCCCGCCGCCGUCUCUCGACCGUUCCGCGCCCCUCUCCUUCAUCGCCAAGAACAACGUCAACCUUGACGGGGAAUUCCUCUCGAACAGGGAGGGAGAGCCCACGGCGGAGGAGCUCUCGAACGAGAACCUCAUCAAGAUCGUGGCCGAAAAGAGCACGGACGAGGAGGUCAAUGUCGUCGUGUGGAAAUGCUUGGGCUACCGGUACGACGCUGGCGAGAACGCGUGGAAGGCCGUAAAGGUGUUUCCUCGAUGGGAGGCCAUGUACCCGGAACCCCCCGAUCUCUUGGGGGUAACACGCGUGUACGAGAAGAGCGUCGACAAGCCCGUCCUGAAGGCCGUGCAGGCCCUGAUCAGGGCCAUCCCUUCGGAGCACAAGCGUUGCAUUGUGGAACAGCUUAGGCCGAUAGGAUUUACAGGCCUGACGCUGGACGAGCUAACUCCGAACAGAACGCGCAGGGCCCAGGUGACCAACUUUCUGCUGUAUUUCCGAGAUCAACUUUGGGGUGUUCCCUUGGAAGAGGUCGAGCGACGUAGAGUGGAGAGGAUCGAAGCGGCCAAACGGGAGGCGGAGGCUGAAAAAGAAGCUGGAGCGUGA